GUGGUGUUCAAGACCAGGUUGAACAGAGCCUUGGGUGGCAUGGUUUAGUGUGAGGUGUCCCUGCCCAUGGCAGGGGGUUGGAACUAGAUGGUCUUAAGGUCCUUUCCAACCCUAACUAUUCUAUGAUUCUGUGCCUUGAACACUGAAUGGAUUUAGACGGUUUUUAGCUGUGAAUUAGUUUACUCAUGGGAGAAGUAAUUAUCUGUUCAGUUAUUGUAAGCCAGUCUGAUUAUUGGAGUUGACAUGUGCUUAUGUCAUAUGACUAAGAGUUCUUAGGCUUUCACAUUUUGGCCAUCACAGACUUUAGUCGCUGAAUGGAGAACAGUGAGUGGAAAUCAAAUACCACUAGGGAACUGUUUGUCUGUUUCUAGACUACAUGUAGAAUGUAAACCUACAUAUCCUACAGUUCUGGGGUUGUGCAAAGUGGCUACUUUGGGGACUUUGUACAGAGCAGUCCUACUGCUUGUAUACUAGUAAUUACCAUAGUGACUUAAGGAUUUAGAGAUAAAUUAUGCCUGUUUUGAGCUACUGCUGCAAGACAUUUAAAAGUCUAAAUAAUUUUUUAUUUCUUUCUUUUGCAUGUGUGAUUUAAGAAGUGUGGCAAAUCAAUUCAUAGUUUUAUUAGGUUCAUCUACCUCUUUGUGAGACAGAAGGAUUGGGUGUGUUCCAAAUUGCUAGGGCAAUGCUACAGAGUACAUUGGUUCAGCUUUCUUGGUUCCUGUCUGUAUGCAGAAGCCUUAGUGCAUUGUGCUGCUUAGGCAGUGAGCUACAGUGCUAUUCUGGUCUUGGGUUCCUUACACUUCAUUGCCUGAAUUCCUAGAUUACUUUGGACAAGAAGAUAAUAUGGUUCAGGAUAAGUGUAGAAGAAAGGACUAGAGCCCAAUUUACUGAUUGUAAAGGGUAUGAAAAUAGCACCAGCAGCUGCAUGUGUCUUCAGGGUUAGAGGCCUCUUGAGGACAUGCUUUGCUGCAAGUUAUCAGGUCUCUCCUAGCAAAGAGUAGCAUGUUUCUGUAUUGGAGUAAGAGAAUAGAACAUUGACAAUCAAAUUUUGUGAAGAAAGGGCAUGUUAGCCCACGCUCAUGGGAUCUGGGGACCGUGUUUCCAUAGGCCAGCAUACACUCUGUGCUGUCUGUGACUUAGCUCUGUUGGCUGUCAAGGCUUCUUUGAAACACUAAUUUAAUUGACUUUUCAUAUGAGCAGUCUUCCCUUGUGUAAUCUGCUUGUCCAAACAGGAGGUUUUUUUACCUGAUGCACCUUUUCUGAAGGACAGGCUUUCCUGUUCGUUGUCAAGAUGAGAGUGGUAAAAUUUUUAUCCAGAGUGAAUCUUGGGGUGGGAUAAGGCUUGGUUUUCUUUCCUGCAGGAUUAGGAAGUAAAAUAUCAGGUGUUGCAUGUAAAACUCCCCGACUCUAACUUGCAAUUUUGUGUGAUAGGAGUCAUGCAAAUGCUUUUGUAUUAUCACCCCCAAGACCUGCUCAACCUGAUUAAGGCACUGAGUCUGUUGCUGUUCUGAGGCCAGAUCUUCAUUGCGAACCUAACUUGACUGGGACUUUUCCAUGGGAUGUGCUUAGUCUUUCAGUCAUUUUAUGGGUUUUAAGAAAACAAGCUGCUCUUGGGAUUGAUGCUAAAAAGGAGAGACGGCCAGAGGAAUACUGACUGUAGCCAGCUCUUGAGCCUCUUACUACCAGAUGAAGCACAAACCACCAUGUCUGACAACUGUCUGGGACCAAACCCUGAACACAAGCUUAUGUUCUAAGGCAGAUAAAGGAGUAGAAGGUGUGGGUUGUAAGCUGUUGUAAAGGCAUCUGGAGCAAUGCCACCGCCUUCGGACAUUGUGAAAGUAGCUGUUGAGUGGCCAGGUGCCAAUGCCCAGCUGCUGGAAAUAGAUCAGAAAAGGCCUCUUGCAUCCAUCAUCAAGGAGGUUUGUGAUGGGUGGUCAUUGCCAAACCCUGAAUAUUACACCCUGCGGUAUGCUGAUGGUCCUCAGCUGUACAUCACAGAGCAGACUCGCUGUGACAUCAAGAAUGGAACUAUCCUACAGCUGGCAGUCUCCCCGUCUAGGGCAGCUCGCCAGCUGAUGGACAGGAUCCAGUCGCACAGUAUGGAAGCCCGACUGGACGCCAUGAAGGAACUGGCUAAACUUUCAGCUGAUGUGACCUUUGCCACAGAGUUCAUCAACAUGGAAGGGAUUACAGUGCUGACACGACUUGUGGAGAGUGGGACCAAGCUUCUGUCCCAUUACAGUGAGAUGUUAGCUUUCACCCUGACUGCCUUCUUGGAGCUCAUGGACCAUGGUAUUGUCUCCUGGGACAUGGUCUCAAUCACCUUCAUCAAACAGAUUGCAGGGUAUGUGAGUCAGCCUAUGGUAGAUGUCUCCAUUCUCCAGCGAUCCCUAGCCAUUCUUGAAAGUAUGGUGCUAAACAGUCAGACUCUGUAUCAGAAGAUAGCAGAAGAGAUCACUGUGGGGCAGCUCAUUUCCCAUCUGCAAGUCUCAAACCAAGAGAUUCAGACAUAUGCCAUUGCCCUGAUCAAUGCCCUCUUCCUGAAGGCUCCUGAGGACAAGAGACAGCAGGACAAGCUGCUUAACCCACUAGACCUGCCCAUCACUGAAAUGGCUAAUGCAUUUGCGCAGAAGCACCUGAGGUCUAUAAUCCUGAAUCAUGUGAUCAGAGGAAACCGUCCAAUUAAAACAGAAAUGGCACAUCAGCUGUAUGUGCUGCAGGUUCUCACCUUUAAUCUCCUGGAAGAGAGAAUGAUGACCAAGAUGGAUCCCAAUGACCAGGCACAGAGAGACAUCAUUUUUGAGUUGAGAAGAAUUGCGUUUGAUGCAGAGACUGACGGCAACACCAUCCCUGGCAGUGGAACAGAAAAACGCAAAGCCAUGUACACCAAGGACUACAAGAUGCUGGGAUUCACUAAUCACAUCAAUCCAGCCAUGGAUUUUACUCAGACUCCUCCAGGGAUGCUGGCAUUGGACAACAUGCUCUACUUGGCCAAAUUUCAUCAAGACACCUACAUCAGGAUCGUUCUGGAGAACAGCAGUCGAGAAGAUAAGCAUGAAUGUCCCUUUGGGCGCAGUGCCAUUGAGCUUACCAGGAUGCUUUGUGAGAUCUUGCAAGUUGGGGAACUCCCCAAUGAAGGCCGGAAUGACUAUCAUCCCAUGUUUUUCACCCAUGAUCGUGCAUUUGAGGAGCUGUUUGCCAUCUGCAUCCAGCUGUUGAACAAGACCUGGAAAGAAAUGAGGGCGACAGCAGAAGAUUUUAAUAAGGUUAUGCAGGUUGUGAGGGAACAGAUCACACGGGCUCUCCCCUCUAAACCAAACUCUUUGGACCAGUUCAAGAGCAAACUGCGCAGUCUGAGCUAUUCUGAGAUUCUGCGACUACGCCAGUCUGAGAGAAUGAGCCAAGAUGACUUCCAGUCGCCGCCUAUUGUGGAGCUGAGGGAGAAAAUCCAACCUGAGAUCUUGGAGCUGAUAAAGCAACAGCGCCUGAACAGGCUUUGUGAGGGAAGUAGCUUUCGCAAAAUUGGAAAUCGCAGAAGACAAGAAAGAUUCUGGUAUUGUCGCCUGGCUCUGAAUCACAAGGUGCUACAUUAUGGAGAUCUGGAAGAUAAUGCCCAGGGUGAAGUGACCUUUGAAUCUCUACAGGAAAAAAUUCCAGUUGCAGAUAUCAAAGCCAUUGUCACGGGGAAAGACUGUCCACACAUGAAGGAGAAAAGUGCACUGAAACAGAACAAAGAAGUGUUAGAAUUGGCCUUCUCGAUAUUGUAUGAUCCUGAUGAGACCUUGAACUUCAUUGCACCUAAUAAAUAUGAGUACUGUAUCUGGAUUGAUGGGCUCAAUGCUCUCUUGGGCAAGGACAUGUCUAGCGACCUGACUAAAAGUGACCUGGACACGUUGCUGAGCAUGGAAAUGAAGCUAAGGCUCCUGGACUUGGAGAACAUCCAGAUACCCGAGGCGCCGCCACCCAUUCCCAAGGAGCCGAGCAGCUACGACUUCGUGUACCACUACGGCUGAGAUCGCGGGGCCGCGCGGGGGCGUCGGGGCCGCGCGUUCCUUUUUGUAUGUCACAAUAACAACCGGUAGCGUCGUU